AUGGAAACUCCCAGCUCCGAAUCCCCCAAGCCUCACUCUGACCCAAAAUCAAACACCUCAUCUCCAUACCUCAACCUCAAUGAUCCGGCGAAUCCAUAUCGGCUUGAUCACGGCGAUAACCCAGCCCUAACCCUUGUCACCAAUCUUCUUACUACUCACAAUUAUGCCACCUGGUCUUGCUCGAUCUGUCGUGCUCUCCGAGCCAAAAACAAACUUGGUUUUAUAACCGAAUCUCUCAUCAAACCUUCUCAACCCACAGACCCUUUACUUGAGCUUUGGGAGCGCUGCAACGACAUGGAGCGAUUCUCUCAACAAAAUGGUCCCCGUAUCUUCCAACUCAAAAAGGAUUUGGCUGCUCUGCUUCAAGACCAUGACCCGGUUAGUAUUUACUAUGGAAAAUUAGAGGCUCUUUGGGAUGAACUUUCUGUAUAUGAUCCCAUUCCAGCUUGUAAUUGUGGUCUUAUGAAAACAUUGCUGGAUCGAUCUCAACGAGAUUGUGUACUGCAAUUUUUAAUGGGUCUCAACGACUCCUAUACCCCCAUCCGAGACCAAAUCAUGCUCAUGGAUCCCCUUCCCCCUAUCUCUAAGGUGUUUUCCCUGGUGCAACAAUAG